UUUCAACUAUUUGAAAUAGUUGGUAUUUACAAAUAACAUCUGAAAUGCAGCUAUAUUUGUCACAGGUCUGGUCAGCAGUGAGGCGGACAGCAGCACCCUGUGGUGUUACAGUCUGGGGGGAAGAUGGCACAGUCCCAGCACAGUGAUGGGUUUGUGGAUCAGCACAGGGCCUCUCUCAUUCAGAAUGUGAAGGAGGUCCUGGCCAUUGCGGACAGGAUGCUUGAGAAGAAGAUGAUCCAUCCAGAGACCUACUCCAAGAUCCGCGGUGCCACCACCAGGCAGGACCAAAUGAGAGAGCUGUACACAGCCCUGGACUCUGGGGGCCCAAUAGUGAAAGCUGAGUUUUCCAAAAUCCUGCAAGAUAUGAACCUUUAUCUUGUCCAAAACCUAAGUAAGACUUGUUAUUAA